GCACUGAUCGCCAUGCAUUCGUUUUCCUCGCAGUGGGCUCUUUUGUGAACAUGCACUGGGUCGAAUUGUGUGCUGGUCGCCGGGGGGUUUAAGUUUAAUGUAUUUGUAUGCAGCUUGUCACACAAUGCAGACGUCAUCUCCACAUGCAGGAUCAGCUUUGGGUAUGCUUUUCCCUCCCUGGAUCUUAUCGCGCCCAGUCGCUUGUGUUGUGAACACUAGCCGACACGUCGACUGGUAGUUGGAAAAUAACUUGGUAUUAAUUCCACAUAACAACUCUGGCUCGGUUGCGCGUUCCUCUGUAUUCCCAACUGUGUUUCUCUCGUUCGGUCAUCGCGGGGUCCCUGUCGCCGAUUGCUUCUUGCAAACUUGGGAGCUGGAUUCGCCCCGAGCAGCUGUGCCUUGAGCCGGGUUGUGAUCUUCGUAGGAGGCGCCUGUGUUUGUUUAAUUGCUGGCGGCUCACAUGCACGGGCGUCCCCACCGCAGACUAAAGACUGACUUUAAAAAAAAGGCAACCUCGUCUGGCAAAAGGAGAGGGGGAAAAACGGAGUGUGAAAGGAGGAAAGAGCAGGUGAGAUUUCACCGAGCGGACGAGGAAGCCCGUGCUGGACAUUUAAGGAGGCGAUGCUGCUGAUUAUUUCACAGACAAUGAACAAACACAUCACAGCACAGGUAUGAAUAAUCCUCGGAAAUAUUCGGAAUCAAGCCUGUAGUCACCGAUGUGCUGAAUUACGCAUGAACUGAUCUAAUUUUUUUCCACCAUGCUCAAGAAUUUUUCGAGUGAUAGUGACAGCUGGUUUAAUCCCCUAAUUAUCAUGUAGUAUUUUGAUUUUUUGGAUUUUUUUUUAAAAAAAGGAAAGCCAGCUUUUAGAGAUAUUUAUUUGGCAUUUGACAUAACGGAACGAGCCACAUAGCCGCCACCAUGGGACUGUGACCCGGGCUGCGAGCUCUGAGAGGCGGCUGUUUGAAUAGUCCGUGCUCCGAGUGCAGACUGGACCUGAGCAGUUGUGACAUUUUGAGCCAUGGCUGCUGCUAUCGCAAGUGGGCUGAUCAGACAGAAAAGACAGGCACGGGAGCAGCAUUUAGACCGACCCUCCACCAACCGACGGAGAAAGAGCCCCAACAAGAACAAGGGGCUCUGUAAUGGGAACCUGGUCGACAUCUUCUCCAAAGUGCGCAUCUUCGGCCUCAGGAAGAGGAGACUACGGAGACAAGAUCCCCAGCUCAAGGGUAUAGUGACCAGGUUAUAUUGCAGGCAGGGAUACUACUUGCAAAUGAACCCCGAUGGCUCUCUUGAUGGGACCAAGGAUGACAGCAGUAAUUCCUCUUUGUUCAACCUUAUUCCUGUGGGCCUCAGAGUUGUCGCCAUUCAAUCCGUGAAGACAGGGUUAUACAUCGCAAUGAACGGGGAGGGCCACCUGUACACAUCAGAACUCUUUACAGCAGAAUGCAAGUUCAAAGAGUCGGUGUUCGAGAACUACUAUGUGAUCUACUCGUCCAUGUUGUACAGACAACAGGAAUCGGGAAGAGCUUGGUUCUUAGGGCUCAAUAAAGAAGGCCAAGCCAUGAAAGGGAACCGAGUGAAAAAAACAAAACCAGCUGCUCACUUCCUGCCCAAGCCAUUAGAAGUUGCCAUGUACAGAGAGCCAUCUUUGCAUGAUGUUGGAGAGACAGUGCCCAAGGCAGCAGUACCUCCCAGUAAAAGCACAAGUGAGCCGGCAGUGAUGAACGGAGGGAAACCCGUCAGCAAGCCCGACAAACCCACCACAUAGCCACACCAGUGCCUAGUGUAUGUGCAUGUGUUGGAGGGGAGGAAUGCAACGGAGACAGGGCUUUAUCCAACUAGACUCCAGACCCUUCUGCAGAUCCAGGCGAACCUCCCUUUCUUUCUUCUCUCGCUCCUCCUUUUUCUCCACCUCAUUCUCCCAAAUUCUCCAGCUGCCUCAGCACAGGCAGAUGGAUUCCUGAGGUGGCCGACUUCAUCCAGCCCAGGAGGGACGUGCGUUUCACAAUGACGCUUCUGGUACUUUGCUUGAUGAUGAUUCCCCCUAAAAACCUCCCCCUUGUCUAUGAUGCCCUGUUGCAGCAGAGUCUGUGUACCUUCAGAUCUAUUUUCUAUACCACAGUUCACCAGCUAUGUUCUGGGAUAGAGACUGUAUAGAUAGAGUAACUAUUUGGACUGUUGUCCUCUAUUUUUUACAAGUGCGUCCCCCUCUCCCUUUAUUUCUAUCUUUAGUCACACUUUUCUCUUUGUCAAGUAACCUAGAAAACAUUUUGCAAGGGGGUUGCGUGAUUUUCUAAGAAACACAUGAACACAAAUGUGGCAUAAAAAGCAAAGACAUGUGGAAAAGAGUCCAAAUUUUCUUCUUGCCUACAAUAUGCACACACUCUAAUAGACAGACACACAAAGUUUGUGUUGAAAAUCUGAGAUUUUUUUUUUAAACAGCCAAUAAAACACGCUGGAGGCUGGCAAAUAGCUCCUGCAAUCAUAGCUGAUGAAGUGCUAAUUACCGCCACUGCAAUCAAUGCGAGGAGCUCCCUACACACAUACAAACACACAUACACAUUUAUAAACAGAUGUGUGUGUGGGUGGGAGAGCGCUGUAAGGAAUGGUGUAUACAUAUCACUAUCUAGGUCCCACCAGCGGUUCUGUCCGCCUUCUCUGGUAAAUAGAAAAUCUGAAGUCUAUUUUUCUUUAAUCUUAUUUCAGAGCGUGGGCUCUAGGAAUAUCUCUAGGCCUUGUAGGCCUCUGUCCCUCACUCACCGACUUCUUUGGACUAUGAGGCAAGGCUUGUGGCUUUGACCCAGAUGGUCUAUAACUGCAGCACUGGCAGCCACCUUACAGCAGUGUCUACAUAAAGCCAGAAAACAACAUGGCUGAAAACCAGUAGGUGACAUUUACACUGGCUGCAUCCCUAUUUGGUUCAGCAAGCUAAAGCAUGGACAAGGUUAAUAUUGUGUUCUCUCUUCUUGCAGCAGAUAUACAAGAGAUGGCUUAUAUUAUAACAUUUUCACUGUAUAAAACUUAGGGAAAAUGACUAUUAAAAAUCAUAACUUUUUAAAAGACUAGAUAUUAUUAUUAUAAUGAGAGAAUUUGUCUUCUAGCUCAGCAUGCAGAGUCCAGUUCUGAUCAUCUUGGCCUAUCACGUGCCUGUUUGGACCUUGAUUCCCGGCAUGCAAAAACAAGUUCCCAGUCCCCACUGGGCCAAAGGUGCCUCACCCACCCUAUACAUCCAUGUAGACGACACGUAGCAUUAUUCACUGAAAAAAACACACUCAGAUGUAUCCAUUCUGAAAUGACCAAAGUCUUUUUUUCAUCCCACUGAACUGAUUCUUUAAAAAAAAAAAAAACAGAAAGAAAGAAAACAAAUCUCGAUUCUCUUUCUGAUUCAAUUCACGGAAGCUUUCACUGUGAUAGCAUUUGUUCUGUCCGGAAUAAUCAACUCUGCUCAGAUCCACAAAGGUCUUGACUGAUGUCACUUUGGAAAAGUACAUAUACCUUGAAUAAUCACAUGCAUGUAUUUUCUACAAGGAGUAAGGUAUGGGCAUUGUUCUUCACUAUGUGCAAAUGGAUGAGCACUGAAGUUCAGUGUAGGAGUUGAACAGGCAUGUAUCACGGCUGCGGCACACUCACUGCACUUUGGUUUUGCAUUUUCAUCAUGACUGUUAGCAGUUUAUCAAAGCUCUGUGUGAUCAGUGUAUUUAUGUUCGUCUUGCAUUACUGGUUUUUCUUUUCCUAAUAGUUUAGUUAAGUAAGAUUUAGAACAUUAAGUAGAUCGUUGCUGCCGUAUGCUGCUAAAAGUGCAACUAUAUUAAGAACUUGAUUUGGUAAAUAUCAUUUUUCUGAGUUUAUUGGGAUUAUACAUGGCCAUUUCUUAUUACAACACAUCAAAGCACAUCAUAUAGAUAUCAAUAUUUGUCUGUACAAAGCUGUUAAUCCUAAAAAUGGCGUCAUAUACACACACACAGGAGCUGGAAACCACUGUCAUCCUCCGCUCUUACAAAACUCUACAUGCUGGGCUGGUGACUGCCCCAGCCCUGCAGCCCAGUUAACUGGCUCCUUCAAGGCUGGCUUUAUUUUUGUAAAUGACCAGUGUGUACAAGUACAUCUGUUUGGAUUGCUGUAGCCGCCAUUUGUUUUGUUCAUCCUCAUCUCUCUCGUAUACGGGUUGUGUGUCGAUUUCGUCUCCAGAUCCCAAUCGCGUUUUUGCUUUGUUACCCCAUUUGUUCAAAUGUGUUACGAGAAUAUCCUUGCUUCUGUUUUCGAACCUCUUAUUUUGUAUGUUGUCCCAUCUGCAUGGGGAGAGGAUGGCAUUGAUGAACUGCAUGUAGUAGGCUAUGUCAAUCAAGAACUGUUGGUAUGUACCGCUAAUUUUACAUAUAUGCAACGAGUUUGUCUACACUAUACAGUUUGUGUUUGUUGUAUACACAUUAUACAACAUAUUGAAUAAAAAAUAUUUAUAUAAAGGUAUACUGUAAAGUCAGUAACAUACUUAAUGCAAUAUAGUGUGCAGUAUAUUAUUGCACCUGUCAUUUUUCGGGGACAAAGAAAACAGAGGGGAUUGGCUAGUUUAAGCAUGAAAAAGGCCAAAGUAGAAUUUACAUUAAAUUUUCUUUGUGACUUCUUAUCGGUCCUUUUUUCAAGUGGUGACUGAGCUCUUGUGUCAGUGCAGCUCUCAUCCCCUGAUACCACCAUUUGAAGUGACAUGGACAUCCAGCAUGCCACAACUGAACUAUUUAUUCCCUUCUCUUUGUUUCUUCCACUUAGAAUUUAACCACUACUAAGACAGUAAAGGUUUCAGGGCAGACCGUUUGUUUGACGGAGGAGAGUAGGCACUAUUAAAAUGAUUUAUUUUCUAAUAUAUCUCUCUCUAUAUAUACCAUUGCAAGUAUGCCCAUUGGAGUUAUGUCAUGUUAUAACAAAUUUGUAACCAUGUAUGAUUAAGGUCUUUGCAUUGUUUUCCAUGCAAAAUGUUGUGUCAUGCGGCACAUUUAAUGUUUUAUUAUGAAAAAGAAAUAAAAACCUCAGCGUAACCUA